AGAAGACACACUGCGGAGUUCAGCAGAGGAGAAAUGAAGAGAGCUGGAGACAGAGACCAAACCGACAUCAGAGCUGUGAACACACAGGAGCUCAUGCAGACACGCCGCCUUUGAGUUCAACUCCACGUCUCUCACACUACUCGCUCUGCCGUGGACCUAAACCCUGCAUCUGUGAUUAUUCUGGACUGGACCCCCUUUGGACUGUGUCUUAACAUGCUGGGAGGUCAAAGUGAUGCUCUGCUACUUGGCUUGAUGGUUUGGAUGGGAAUCCUGUGGGGAGAGAUCACAACCCAAGAUGAGAGCGAUUUGACCCCUCCACCCAGCCUCACUCCAGUGAUGCAGGUGCCAGCCCCUAAAGAAACCCCCAGAGGAGUGGCAUCCAUGGGGCAGGACUUCCUUGAGUCUGUCCUGUCAGGCAAGGAUCAUCUUCUGGCCCAGAAGGGUGUGACUCUUCCCAGUGGUUUACCGCCUAAUCUGGUGCCCAUGUUGGGGAAGGGGCUCGAGGCCGGAGCAGAUGCCCUCUCCCCCGACCAGCCCUUCCUGAAGAAGAUGCUCCCUACACACCCCACUUUACCUCCAGCCUACGACCUCCCCACCGAACCCCCGGAGGCCGUCGCAACCCCGAGCUGGGAUUCUGAUGCUCCAACGGCACACACGAAGCCUUCGCUCACCGACGCGGUUCCCACCACUGUGAACGUCGACACAGUGUCUGGUGUUCUCACCUCAGCUGUAACAAACUGCAGGGUCAAUUUCACCGACCCAGAGGGCUACAUCGACUCUUCAGACGAUCCUCCUCUUCCCGAAGGAGCGUUCCUGCAGUGCACGUACACGGUGACGGUGUACACGGGCUAUGGCGUGGAGCUACAGGUCAAAAGUGUCAACCUGUCAGAGGGCGAGCAGCUGUCAAUCAGAGGUGUGGAUGAAGGCGGAGCCUUGCUCGUACUGGCCAAUCAGACGCUUCUGGUGGAAGGUCAGGUGAUCCGCAGUCCAACCAACACGCUGUCCGUGUUCUACCGGUCGUCUCCAGAGGGAGGAGUCGGCAUGUUCCAGCUGCAUUAUCAAAUUUUUCGCCUGAGUUGUGCCCUACCUCGACGGCCUCAUUUUGGGGAGGUGUCAGUCAAAGAUCUGCAUCCCGGAGGCACGGCUCAUUUCCAGUGUCACAUGGGAUACCACCUGCAGGGGGACGCCACACUCACAUGCCUCAAUGCCUCGCUGCCUGUGUGGAGCCAACGCGAGCCAAGCUGCAGAGCUUUGUGUGGCGGGGUUGUAAAAAACGCCAUGGUGGGCCGCGUUCUGUCCCCCUCACCCCAUUCGGGCCCUAACAGCACCCUGGACCGCAGCUGCUCUUGGUCCCUGGAGGCCCCUAAUGGCCAAAGGCUGCACCUGCAUUUGGAGAGAAUGGUGUUGGGUCCGACAGACAGGCUUGUCUUAUGGAGCGGCCUCGACGCAGGAUCGGUGGUCUUGUUUGAUUCUGGCCGGGGUGGCCCCAUCCCGUUUGAGGGAGUGAUCAGCGAAGGCCCGGCUGUUCGUGUCCAGUUUAUAACAGACCAACCUAACAGUCACAACACUGGCUUUAAUAUACGUUACGAAGCGUUUGAGAAGGGCCACUGCUAUGAGCCGUUCAUCCAAAACGGAAACUUCAGCACGACAGACCCGACUUACAGCGUUGGGACAGUGGUGCAGUUCACCUGUGACCCCGGCCACUCGCUGGAGCAGGGCCCACCCGUCAUUGAGUGCAUCAACACACGAGACCCCUACUGGAACGACACAGAGCCCCUCUGUAAAGCUCUCUGUGGUGGUGACCUCUCCGGCCCCAGCGGCGUUAUCCUGUCCCCAAACUGGCCCGAAUGGUACGGGGAGGGCGAGGAUUGCAGCUGGAGGAUUCACGUCGGCGAGGACAAACGUGUUCUGCUGGACGUGCAGCUCUUAAAUCUGAGCGACAGUGAUAUGCUAACCAUUUUGGAUGGAGAUGAGGUCACAACUCGUAUAUUGGGCCAGUUUGUUGGGGGCACCAGCCCGUUUAAGAUGUCCUCCUCGACCCCUGACCUCACCAUCACCUUCCACUCAGACCCAGCCGGCCUGGUCUUCGGGAAGGGCGAGGGUUUUAUCAUCAACUACAUGGAGGUAUCACGCAAUGACUCGUGUCCAGAUCUACCUGAGAUCCAGAACGGCUGGAAGACCACGUCUCAUGCAGCGCUGGUGCGUGGAGCUCGCAUCACAUAUCAGUGUGACCCGGGGUAUGACCUCGUGGGCAGUGAAACCCUGACCUGUCAGGUGGACCUAAGCUGGAACACCCAGCCUCCGUUCUGUGAGAAGAUUAUGUACUGCACAGACCCUGGACACGUGGAGCACUCCACACGCACUCUGUCUGAUCCCAAACUCUUGGUUGGCACCACUAUCCAGUAUAGCUGCGUUCCCGGAUUUAUCCUGCAGGGCGGCGCUACACUCACUUGCUAUGGUCGAGAACCCGGCACCCCUGUUUGGACGUCUCGCUUGCCACAUUGCGUUUCGGAAGAGUCCGUGUCCUGUGAGAAUCCCGGCCUUCCUGACAACGGCUACCAGAUAUUGUCUAAAAGGCUUUACCUACCAGGAGAGUCUCUAACCUUCAUGUGCUACCAAGGCUAUGAGCUCAUUGGUGAGAUUGCCAUCAAGUGCAUUCUGGGAAAUCCCUCAUUUUGGAGUGGUCCAUUGCCUCUUUGCAGAGCCAAUCAUGAAUGUUCUGGCAAUCAUGCACUAGAGGUGGCUGAGGCUGCGGCAGACUCUUCUUUUGACGGGGGAAGUAUGGCUCUAGCAAUAUUUAUACUAGUGUUGCUAGUGUCUGUUUUACUGGGAGGGGCCUACAUCUAUGUCACAAGGUGCCGUUAUCAUUCAAACCUGAGACUUCCUCUGAUGUAUCCGCAUCCCUACAGCCAAAUCACCGUGGAAACUGAGUUUGACAACCCCCUCUACGAGACUGGAGGGGACACAAGAGAAUAUGAGGUGUCC